CUCGGACUCCAGGAUCUGACGUGCUGCUCCACGUCGAUCGCCCUGUUUGACGUCUUCGCAGAAAACAGACGAUUUCUCUUCUUGCACACGCGCGCGCUGGCACGCUGCCCGGGUAAAAGUCGCCGACGCUGCACGCUCACACGCACUUGGCCAAGGUUGUGCCGGACAUUGCCAGCAGAAAAGACGCUGGGAUCGUGCCGGGAUUGUCAUCUCAGCCACUGCGUCGCAGAACAGGACGUGCGCAUAUCAAACAAGCCAACUUUUCCACAGAGCCCGGACAGGCCUGCGCUGCCCGCUGCCUACGAGACGUCGACAUUACCUGCCUGCGAACCUCCGCGUUGGACGACGUUUUGAAACUGCCACAAUUUUGCGUUACCACGUCGGCGGCACCGAUCGUUUGAGACCGAUCGCAUUCUUUGCUAUUGCGCUUCCUACCGCUCCUCCACAUACGGCCUGCUCUACUACGAUCCCGCCCAACACCGCACAGAGAACGACAAACCGCAGCGAGUAUAUCGACCCCGACGAGUCGGCCCUGGACGAGUGUGCAUCAAGUCCGUGGACCCUAGAAAGGAGAGAGACGGUCUCCACGUCCCUUAUCCCAACCCCAACAAAGAAACCACUCCGCUCAAGCGGGAGUCAUUCAACCUCAAACUGGCGUCAACACGAGAAAACGCCAGACGGUUCCUCAAGUCCGUCAUAUCCAGUACACCGGCGAGCGAGGCACCGGCCGACCAGCAGAAGAAGGACAACGCUUGGAAGCGGCGGUCGUGGUCACCAAUCCAAAGAUCGAACAGCAAUCGCGGGAGCGAGGCUGGUUCGUCAGUCGCUGGUUCGAGGUCGAGCAGCACGACUGACGCACCGGCGAGUGUACCUGAAGUACCGACACCGAGUAUGCGUGGAAACCUUCGCCAUUCGAUCGCUGGCCCGAUCAACGCCCAUCUUCAGCGUCCACGACUGAGUAGCGUGGCACGAGAUGGAUCAACGCCGUCGAUACAGUCCGUCGCGAGUAGCAAUGGGUCUACAGGGUCUCCGCGAAUCGAUUCGUCCAUUGUCGACAGUACUGUCAUCCCGAACCUGAAUCUUGAUGAUGAAAAGCCAAUUGUUGCGGGCAAUGGUGUCGCCGUAGGGAUACACUUGGCGGAACCAGUUCUGUUCCUUCAAGGCUUCGAGAAUUCGGACAAUCAGCCCGGCAACACCGCCAUGCUAAGGGGUGGCCUACAUCUACGAGUUUCGAAAGGUGCAAAAAUCAAAGGAAUCACGCUCAAAUUCAAAGGCACGGCAGUCACCAAAUGGCCUGAAGGGAUUCCACCCCGCAAAGUUGAAUUCGAAGAACGUGACACGAUCAUGUCACACACCUGGCCAUUUUUCAACGCCCAAUUCGAGAGCGCCGAGAGGGGCACGAACGCUGACCAUGUGCAGCUUUUCAAGGACGGCGUCUCCUCGACAGUAACACGACUGGAUCCCCUGGGUCGAUCAUCAGAAACGAAUUCGUCCGUCAAUCUGAAUUCCCGAGAGGCCAAGAAAUUGGCUCUGUCGGUCAAUCAGUCUCGAAGUUUUGGCAAAGGCGAGUCCACAGGCGGGCCGUCGGUGGCUGCCAAGGGCUACCGAACCUUCCUUCCAGGUGAUUACGUUUACAACUUCGAAAUGCCCAUCGACAGUCGAUUACCAGAGACCAUCGACGUGGAAUUAGGCUCCGUGAAAUACGAACUAGAGGCCGUGAUCGAGCGAUCCGGAGCAUUCCGAUCAAACUUGGUGGGCACGAAGGAAGUCACGAUUAUCCGAGCGCCAGCAGAAGGUUCUUUGGAAUGUGUGGAACCCAUUGCAAUCAGUCGCAACUGGGAAGACCAGCUGCACUACGACAUCGUGAUUUCGGGAAAGAGUUUUCCACUGGGCACGCAAGUACCGAUAGCGUUCAAAUUGACACCAUUGGCGAAAGUGCAGUGCCAUCGCAUCAAAGUGUUGGUCACGGAGAAUAUCGAGUACUUCUGCUCGAACAAGCGCGUACAUCGCAUGGAACCCACUCGCAAGGUACAGCUGUUCGAGAAACGUGCGGACGGUGCACCGACCAGCACGUUUCCUGGCAGCACAAUGCGUGUCACAUCGGGUGGUGGCAUUCCGCACAACCAGCGAGCUGCAGCUGCACGAGGCGAGCACGUUAUACCAAGCGAUACCACGAACCUGCUGGGCAACCUGGAUGGAGGCGAUGCACACAUUGGACCCACUGAAAUGGAGUUCAAUGUGCAAUUGCCAAGUUGCCAUACCAUGAAAGAACGCGAUCGGACGCAGCGCCUACAUUUUGACACCACAUACCAAAAUAUACAGGUGCAUCACUGGAUCAAGAUUGUGAUGCGUUUGUCCAAACCGGACGUGAACGACCCGACUAAGCGUAGACACUUUGAAAUCUCCAUCGAUUCACCCUUCCACAUAUUAUCUUGCCGCGCGACGCAGCAAAAUAUCUCACUGCCCGCCUACACAUCACCCGAGUCAGGCCCGACGAGUACGACUUUGACAGAAUGUGGCUGCCCUGGCGCUGCUCUUCGACGCAAUUCACCAUCGAAUCUGGUACCAGCACUGCAAAGAUUCAAUGGCCAACAGCAAGCCCGUCAAGAUUCCAGUCUCCCAAUGUCCCCGGGCUUGACCAGACCGCCAACUGUGCACGCACGAGAUGCUCACAUUGGUCGUCCGCAGUCCAUUGAUCGACCUAUCCACCUGCUACGAGCGCCUUCUUUCAACCCACCUCCGUUUUCAGAUGAAGAACCACCCCCACCACUUAUCACGCCUCCGCCGCAGUAUGAUAGCAUUGCAAGCCCGACAUCUGGGCUGGCGGAUUAUUUCGCGCGGCUGAGUGAUGCUUAUGAGGACGACAGCAGUGGAGACGAGUCUCGACCAGGACGUGUCAACGUGCCUCUUACCCCCGGAGGGCGCAUCAACCGAUCCGUGGAUCUGGGUAGAGGGUGGGCACCCUUGGCGACACAAAUGCCCUUGGCAUUACCGCGACGGGAGGUGUAGGCAUCGUUACGAUCUAUUUCUGGAAUCAUGUCGAUGAUAAUUUUUCGACAAUUUGCAGCGUUCAAGCAAGUGUUCGGGCAAUUAGUGCAGCUGGCGUAAUUUGUGGGCAACUUGUGAAGUUAUAGAGGUGGAAAAAAUCGGGGACCGCAAUAUGUGAUGCGUGUAGCGAAAAUGCAGAGGCUCUAAAGGGCCAUGGUUACCUCGCCAAUUUCUGGCGCGGCUAGCGAAAUAUUCUACGGAUCCAUAUGUUGUUGCACCAUCGUGACAACUUUGUGAGCUCAAUGAUGCACAGGCCUGCUUCCGCGGGUCCUCCUCAGCCGCGAGAACACGGCCGUACUGCGUCAAGAGUAUGUGACUCGACAGGACGGUGAUUGCGCAAAUAUUCUAUGCAGUAGUGAGUACUCGAUGCCGAUGUACUAGACCUGACCACCGUCGACGAAAGUCGUGCUAGCG